AUGAGCGGCCCCCCUCCGCCGCCUCCGCCUCAUGGCGGAGUGCCAAAGGGUUCUGGCUUGCCUCCAGGCAAAUACGAUAUCUUCGUCAUCCCUGAGCACUCAUCCGGAGGCGGUUUCUUAUACCUCCCGUCUAUGCAACCGAAUGUGAACAGUUUCGCUGCCGGAUUCGCCUCAGCCUUGAUACUCGUUGUGCUUGGUCAGACGCUCGCCCCCGUCUUCCGUACUUGGUGGGAAAGCUUCAAUGGAUUGAAUAAUGCGGCAAUGGGAAUGUUGGUCAUUGGUGUCGGCUUUGGAGCAUGGGCAUUGGGUCGGUUCCAGAAUCAGGAUAAAGGUUUCCCUGGGGCUCCUGGAGGCAGUGGUCCUGGUAGUUCUGGGCGUGGUGGUCAGGGAGGAGGAUGGAAUUCGGGUUUCUGGUCAUCAAAUUCAGCAGGAGCACCACCACCUCCUUCACCGCAUGGCACCCCUCCUCCGCCGCCUCCUCACCAUGAUACUCCUCCCAGGCCUCCACCUCAUGGCAGUGGUCCCAGAACAUCAUGGAACAGCGCGCCGCAGUCCGACUCUCCCCCUCCGCCUCCUCCUCACUCGGCACGGCAAUCACCUCGAAAUGAGUCCGAGCCGUUUCCUCAAGCUCGGCCUCCACCACCGCAUACGCCUCCCGAGACACCUCCACCGAAGCCCUCCAAAUCGAAGUCCAAGUCAAAACCUAAGCCACGGGAUCCCUCGCCUCCGCCGAAAUCUCGUCCCUCAAGUCCUCCUCCAAAGUCCAAGUCCAAGCCGGCGCCUGAUCCAGAGAAAGUCGCCAGAGCUGAAGCCGCAAAGGCCGAGGCAGCAAAAGCUGAGGCUGCAAGAAUCGAAGCUGCAAGAAUCGAAGCUGCAAAAGCCGAGGCCGCCAAGGCAGAAGCUGCCAAAGCUGCCAAAGCUGAAGCCGCAAGGAUUGAAGCUGCCAAAGCCGAGGCUGCUAGGAUUGAGGCCGCUAAAGCUGAAGCUGCCAGGAUAGAAGCUGAGAAGGCGGAAGCUGCAAGAAUUGAAGCCGAGAAGGCCGAGGCCGCAAGGAUCGAGGCCGAGAAGGCAGAAGCCGCGAGAAUCGAAGCUGCAAGAAUAGAGGCUGCAAGACUUGAAGCGGAAAAGGCAGAGGCUGCUAAGAGGACUUCAUGGGCAAAGGCUCGCGAAGAGAUGAGAAGGAAGGAAGAAGAACGCAGGGCGAAGGAAGCCGAACAAAAGCGACGAGAAGAAGCCGCCAAACGACUUGCUGAGUUGAGAGCAAAGGAUGCCAAGGAACGUCAAGAGAGAGAAAAGCAGCGUGAGCGUAAGGAACAGGAAGCCAGAGAGAGGAAAGAACGACUCGAGGCUGAGCAACGCGCCAAGGAGUUGGCGAUCAAAUUGGAGGAAGAGCGCAGAGAACGUGAGCGCUUGGAGAAGGAGGCCAAGGAAAUUCGCGAAAGAGAAGCACAACGGGAGAAGGAGGCUCGCGAGCUUGCAGAGAAGAAGAAGAAGGAAGCCGAAGAGCGCGAGGCCAGAAGAAAGAAGUUUGCUGCUGAACGAGAGGCUCUCAGGAAGAAGGAAGCCGAGGAGGCCAAACGACGAGAAGAACAGCAGAAGCAAAAGGAGAUGGAAAAGGCUGAGAAGGAGAGACUUGAGAAAGAGAAGGCUGAGAAGGAACAAGCUGAAAAGGAGAAGGCUGAGAGAGAACGAGCUGCAAGAGAGACUGCCUCCCGUCAACCAAGCAGUUACGCCUACUCGGGUGUUGGUGAGAAGACCAGCAUGUGGCCGAACGGUCGCCCGCCUGCUCCGAAGUCCACCACUUCGACAUCUACUGCUCCCAGACCUGCGCCCAGCACAGCUUCCACUCAACGCAAGCCUGCUCCUUCUGCCACUAGAUCCAAUGUUUCUGGCGUUAGCACCGAAAACUCAUAUCGACCUUACGACAAGCCAAAGCAGCCAAGGCAAAGAACCUCCAUGUCUUCUCUGGGCUCCGAAGAAUCUUGGGCCGCUUCUCAGACUACUGGUCGAACGACGCCGCCUCCUUCGAAUCGGACUGGCCCAUACUCUACCAAGGAUCCAGAAAAGAUUGUUAUCUCGGGUGUCUAUCUGUUCAUGAACCAGUUCUCCAAGACACCCGCCAGUCAGCUUAUCUCCGGUGUCGGAACGGUGACUGACGGACUGAUACUGCGCGUUACUACCGAAGGUCUUUUUAUUGAUGACGAUGUUCGAAGUGUACCUCAACGAGAAUGGGAUGUUAAGGCUUGGACGCUCAAACAAAUCGAGACUGGAGAGUGGAAAUCCCAGGGUCUGCACAUUGUGCGCGCCACAGUUCGAGACCAAGAAGGUAAACGAUACCUGUUCGUUAUCGAUGAAUCGGAAGCCUGGAAGAUUUCAAUCGCACUUCAACGUCUCCGACGCGGUACCCAAGUUCGACAGCUCGCUGUCAACAACAUGGCAGCAGCAGAUGCCCGAAGCACCCUCGAGAUGCUGGGAUGGGCUUGA